AUGUGCAAGUCGGACUAUGCUAAGCAGCUGCGGGCGACAGCCGAUCAGGAGCUCUCGACCACGGAAAAUGCUACGGGAGGAUCAACCCGUGCCUCCAUGUCCUCGGUGGAGGCGCCGCCCGUGCGUCGCUCCCGACAGCGAGAUAUCCGUGAUAUGACGGACCAAGUUGCGCAUAAUCGCCUUGAUUACCUGUGGGCUGCUGCAGUUGCCGAGAACGACCUCGCCUUCAACGUCAGCAAGUCGAAAUCGAUCCAGGCGUUCGUUGACGCGGUGAUCAUGUACGCGAAACCGUACACCCUCCCAACCCCAUACAAGGUAUCCGGCCCAUUGCUGGACAAGCUGAAGGCGGACUCCGAGGACCUGCUGCGGCAGGUGAAGGAGAGCUGGAAGACCAGCGGGUGCUCGCUCUCCGUCGAUGGAUGGACGGACAUCAAAUCCCGCGGUUUUGUGUGUGUCAUCGCGCAAAAUGACACCGCACCCGUCAUCGUCGACAUCGUUGACUCGAAGACCGUAAAAAAAACCGGGGACUACUUGGCAACGCUUAUUCAGGGAGCGAUCACCACUGUGGGGCCGAAGCAUGUCGUCCAAGUCGUGAUGGAUAACGCUUCGAACAACAAAAACGCCGCCAGCAAGCUAAGCGCGGAUUAUCCCCAUAUCUUCUUCACCAACUGCGCCGCCCACUGCCUCGACCUCAUGCUGCACGACAUCGGCAAGAUCCCUGCGGUGAAACUCGUCCUUUCCCAAGUGCAUCAGGUUGUGAUGAUGAUCAAAGGCUCCGCCUCGGCCGUGGUCUUGUUCCGUGAGCUUUUUACCAAGCUCUCGUUGGUGCGGCCUGGUGCAACGAGAUUUGGCACCCAGGUCAUCAUGCUCGGCAGGUUCCUUGAGGUGAAGCGCGCGUUGAGGGCGAUGGUAAUCAGCGAGGAAUGGGAGGAUGUAGCGGUGGCACGGACGGAGGAGGGGAUGGAGGUUCUCCGCGCCGUCGACACACGGGCUCAAGUCAUGGGGCAGCUGUACAGCAUCAUGCUUGAAGCCACGGUGAAGACAAAUGCGGCGGCUGAGACGGCUGCCGCACACUUCAUCAAGCGGACGGGUCUGCUGUUGCCUAAGGACAGGAGCACUUUCCUCACCUCCAUCAAGGCGAUCAUUGCCAGGAGGUGGGACGCACAACUGCACAACCCCCUGCAUGCCAUCGGUUGGCUCCUCAACCCCCGUAACCAGUACAUUGGGGAGGUAAGGAAUGACAAGGAGAUUAGGAAGGGGGUGGAUGAGGUAAUCCAGGCCCGGGGCGGAGAUGUGCAGCAGCGCAUAACGCUAGCUGCACAGGUGGCUCAGUUUCACCGAGGGGAGGGCAGGCGCUCCACGUCACAGCCAGUCACCUCCUCCGAAGUGGAGAGGUACUGGUCGGCGCUGGCACGUGUGCAGAGGCGCGACCGGAACCGCCUCACGGCGAAGAAGAUGACUGACGUCACCUUCGUCGCCUUCACCCGGCGGGCCCGUGAUGCCUUUGAUCGAAAGGCAGCCCUGCGUUCCAAGCUCUAUCAGGACCUGGGCAACGGCACCCUCAGGGAAGGGGCUGCCAUCAUCCCGGCCGAAGUGGAGGUGGAGGAAGGGGAUGCGGAGGAGGAGGCACCCGUGGAGGAGGAAUGCACCAUUGAUUGGUCGGAAUUUGGGAGCAUCGGCAAGAAGAGGAAAGGGAAGGCGGCCUACACUCCCACCCCUUGGCCCCCCCUCCCGUCCCUCUCCCCUUCCCCCCUCCCCGUUCCUGCUCCCCCUCCUCCACACCUCCCUCCCCCUCACCUUAAAUAUCCCAGCCUUCUCGCCAGCUAUCAGAGCCAGGGUGUUUCCUGA